AGCUCACGUAACCAAAAUCAGUUGCAGUGAGAGAAAGUGAAAAAAUUCAAAUUAUUUCACAGCCCGCCAUUUUCAGAGGAGAGAGAAAUUUCAAAAAGACAAAAUGGAAACAUUUCCGAGUGAUCUUGAGCUCACAGCUGUUUCUGCUCUUCUCCUUCUCUCUACCAGUAUCUCUCUCCCAACAACAACAACAACAACAACAACAACAACAACAAACUCAUUGUUGAAGUUGCAGGAUGAUUCUGUGGUGGUGUUUGAGAGAAAAUUAAGUGAGAAAUCAGAAGAAGUUGGAGCAAACUCACUGUCGAAGUUGAAGGAUGAUUCUGUUAUAUUUUUUGAGAGAAUAUCAAGUGAGGAAUCGGAAAAAGUUGAGACGAUUAUCUACGAGAAGAGCAGUGAUACGACGCCCUGUCGUUCUUCGUUGACAAGCGAUCACUCUGUUUCAACUCAUCGCUCGAUGCUUAUGGCUUCUGCUGUUGCUCAAUACCGUGAGAUGAAGGUUAAGAUAGCUCGGAGAGCAAGGUCUAAGGUAAUUUACAGGGGCUACAACAAUGGCCAUAAAUUAGCACCCAAAAAUUGGGCAACGCCACAAGCAAAUAAACAAAAAAUGGCGUCAAACUCCCAAGCAGUCACAGAAGGCACCACCACUACAGAGACCUCGUGCUUGUCCAGUGGCGGUACAAGCGACAUAUCAAGCGCAAGGAAUCGAGGGAAGGUGGCGGGGGCGGUAGUGGUGGAGCAGAAGAGAAGAAGGGGGACAGGGCCAUCUUACAUAAGCCGCAGAGCAGAAGCAAUUUUAAGGUUAUUGUCAUGUAAGGGAUGUGCUUCUGAAGUCCGCAUUAGGCAACUUCUUGGUGAUAGUCCUGAUACCAGUAAAGCUCUCAGAAUGUUGUUGAGGAUGGAUGAAGUUAAGCGAAGUGGGGCAGGAGGCCGGGUUGACCCGUUUAUUUACAUGAUUGCAGCUGAGAGUGAUUGCAGCAUAGUUCAGUAAAAAAGCUCCAGAAGCAUAUUAAUCUGAUAACUUUUGGGUACUCUACAGAAUAUAGAUUAUGCAGAAUAUGGCUGAUACAUUAUUGCCAAGGUUCUUUUGGCGCUUUCAGAAGCAUGUUUAGAAACACACAUGGUAUAGUAUGGUAUUAGUACAGAAGAGUUUCUGAUUACGGUUGUAGUUACAGAAUGUCACUUAUGUAUUUAGAUAGGAAAAUGACCACUCAAGGAGU